CAUAGAGACACCCAAGAAACUUUAGCUGUUUUAGAUAGGUUAGAUUUAGAUACUGAAAAACCGAGCGACGAAGAAAUAGCUAGGAAAUUUGGUUUUGAAGAUGCCUAUUUCAAGGGCAGAUUAUCAUGGUGGCAGUUAAUGAAACCUAAACUAUGGUCUCUAUUUGAUGAACCCUACUCGUCAACAGCGGCAAAAGUAAUAGGAGUUUUGUCAGUAUUUUUUAUCUGCGUGUCUAUUUUAUCGUUUUGCCUGAAAACCCAUCCCGACAUGAAAGUUCCAGUCAUCAGUAGGAUACUUGUGCGGACAGCGAACAAUUCGAGUGAUUAUGUUUUAGACAAAUCGGACACUGAUGCUCACAUAGCAUUUUUUUAUAUCGAGUGCUUUUGUAAUGCCUGGUUUACUUUCGAAAUUUUAAUCAGGUUUAUAGCAAGUCCAAACAAAUGCGACUUUAUCCGAUCGUCAGUUAACAUCAUUGACUACAUAGCAACUGCAAGCUUUUAUAUUGACUUGCUGUUGAGGCGAUUCGCAUCCCAUUUAGAAAAUGCCGACAUCAUGGAGUUCUUCUCUAUAAUCCGAAUUAUGAGGCUCUUCAAACUAACGAGGCAUUCCUCCGGACUGAAGAUUCUAAUACAGACUUUUAGAGCUUCAGCGAAAGAACUCACGCUACUGGUGUUUUUUCUUGUUUUAGGAAUUGUUAUAUUCGCCAGUUUAGUGUACUAUGCCGAAAGGAUACAAACGAACCCGGACAACGACUUUAAAAGCAUCCCUUUAGGACUAUGGUGGGCUCUAGUCACUAUGACUACAGUGGGCUAUGGGGAUAUGGUGCCCAAAACCUACAUUGGGAUGUUUGUGGGUGCCUUAUGUGCCUUGGCAGGUGUACUGACGAUAGCUUUACCAGUACCUGUGAUUGUAUCAAAUUUUGCUAUGUAUUAUAGUCAUACGCAGGCUCGAGCCAAACUACCGAAAAAACGACGUCGUGUUCUCCCAGUAGAGCCUACUAGAGGCCCAAGGAUACCAGGCCCUGUUAUGCCCGGGGCUGCCCCGGGCCUGGGCAAUGCAGCAGGACCGGUGGCAGCCCAAAACCGAAGAGUAAACGCAGUCAAAUCGAAUCAUCCGAGCAGAGAAAACCUGUUGGGCGCCCCUGUACCAAAAAUGGGUUAGUAUCAGAGUGGAGGUGUCA